AUCAAAUUGACGCCAUCCUGACUUUUUGUUCUCCUUGGGGCGCUGUUCCCCAUUUAUAGAAAAAGGGCUGUGCCCCACAAAUGAGAAACAAUUUCCUCCAAUUAUCUAAACGACGGUGAUUACGAAAUAUUGGUGUUACUUUUUAAUUAUUUACGAAAGAUGAAAGUGCCCCCAUUUAUAGAAAAAGGGCUGUGUCCCACAAAUGAGAAACAAUUUCCUCCAAUUAUCCAAACGACGAUUACGAAAUAUUGGUGUUACUUUUUAAUUAUUUACGAAAGAUGAAAGUGUCCCCAUUUAUAGAAAAAGGGCUGUGUCCCACAAAUGAGAAACAAUUUCCUCCAAUUAUCCAAACGACGGUGAUUACGAAAUAUUGGUGUUACUUUUUAAUUAUUUACGAAAGAUGAAAGUGUGGAAUCUUGUAUGACGUACAGUAUCCAUUUUCAUCCGCCGGAGCUCUUUGAUAUCGCACACGUGCAAACUGUGUUAAAGUUACAGAUAUUUCGCUUUUUCUUUUCUCUCUUUUACUUUCUUGUAUAUUUAACGAGUGUAUAAUAUCUCAACGGUGCGAAAUCGUAUUAUCCUCGAAAGGGGAGUAAGCUGUCCGUAUGAAUCGCGAUCGCGGGAUCCUCAUUGUCGAAGAGAGAGGGAGAAGAGAGAUAGGAAGAGAAGACACGAGCCGUACCUACGGAACGGAGCGAUACAGCGAUAUUUAAAUCCCCCUCCGCCGGCCGCGCUCCCCUUUUCGAAGAGAAAGAACCCGGCGGCUCGGCCAGACUCGGCCGCGGCCGACGCUUCGCCGUGGACGCCGCCGAGUCGCGUCGGCGGGAAAGGUGACGAGUCGGGCGAGUGGCGAAUCCGGCGAGAGCGCCGGGAGCGCGAAAAAAGGAUCCGGCGCGGACUGGCGCGGCCUCCGCGGCACAGGGACGGCACUCGCGGUAGGUAGUCGUCCGCUCGGGGUGCGCUAGUGCGGAGAGGACGGCGGCGCGGUCGAUCGUAGUCGAGUGGUCGCUGGUCGCGGCGGCGCAUGGUCCGUAAGCUUGGACCGUUUCGCCUCCCCAAGCGGUGGAUCCCCGCCGGAGAGUCCUGAAACUGGAGUCGACCAGCGCGUAAGAUGGCCGCCUGAGGACGGCGUCGAGGACCGAGGAGAGCACCACCGUGCGCGCCAUCGAUCGCCUCGGUGCGAUCGACCUCGGGACUCGAGGGAUAUACGUUGGCUCGGGGGGGAGUCCUUGGCGGCCGGUCGGGGUGAGUGACUGAGCGCGCUCCAAGUGCCCGUGGACGUUGUCACGUGCGUGCCUGUGCCUGUGUCCGUGCCUAAGCCCUAACGAUUUAAGUCUCCGGACCUCUUUCCGGAGCGUUAGAGCGCUCGAGGGAAACGAUGCUCCUUCGUGCGCCUCGUGUUUACAUAUCGUUCCUCGAGAAGGCAGCGCGGGGAGCUCCGUUGGAGGUAACGCUGAGAAAUAAUAGAAACAUUCGCCGCGCGUUCUCCGCGCCGUCCUUUAUCGCCGCUCUUGGCCCGCGUUGUACCGUGCACGAAACACCGUAGAAUUAACAUUUUUCCCGAGUAUAUAUACGUAUAUUCCAAGUGGAUUAUAUUCCUCAAGUUCGGUCCGCCGAGCGCGAAACGUUCAUCACGCUCGUCAGGCUAUAUAAAGUCCCACUCGUUUUAGGAAGUGGAAGGCGUUUUAACGCGCCGGCGGACGUAACGGAGAAUCCUGGCCCCGGAGGUCCGUUACCUCCGCGAAGGAGGUGAGAGAGCGAGGUGGGUAGAAGAUGCGCCGCGGUCCUGUUGAUUUCCACGAUUUUACCUGCACUGGCGCGAUUGCGGGAGAAGGAGAGGGGACGUUGAUCAACGUGUCCGCGGAAGAAUGAAGAAUUAACAAUUGUGGAACAGUCACUGCCCGCCACGACUGCGCUAAAGUGCUAACGUAAACCGCUUGCGGUGUCGUGUACGCGCGCAAAAAUAUCUCGAAUUAAUGCGAAGCAAAGCAGUUCGGCUUCGAGCGAGAGAAUGUCGCGCGCGCGCGUUUGAUCCAAUACUAAUAUAUAAAAAAAAAUGUAUAUAUAUAUAAAGGAUUUUCUCCAGAGUGAAAUUCCACAAAGUUAGCUCGGUGUGAAACGAACAAGUGCUCGACACCGAGGAGACUUGGUAUGCGCAAGACGACAGAAAAGGGAAAUAUCGAGGUCGACGUGAACUGGAGAGGAACCGUGCUCGCGAGAAAUCUCACAAUCGGUAAUAUCGAUUGAAAUUUCACGCAUUUAUGCGAAAUAACAGACGCCGCCGAUUUCUUUUGCGCUGCACACGAGCACACGAAGUCGGUGGGUGAAGAAAGUCGACUUUGCGCGAGCGUCUUCGUCAAGGAAUCGACGAGGAUUGGCAUUCAUUCAAGUGUACUUGACACACGGGGCACUUAAAUGGGGAGAUAAUCGAUUUAAUAUCAAGGUGCAGGUGCAAGCUAACACUCGGCCGACGGGGGAUCGUUGGAAGCGGCACGGAGUGGGCUCGCCCGGAUGGGAGUAUCGCCGCCGAGGGUGGCACUUGCUCCGGGCCGCGCCUUCCGCUAGGAAACGAUAGAUGGAACGCAGGGCCGACAGAUACGGCGCGAGGGAGAUGCGCCAUUCGCGCAGUGAGGAUCUGCUGGGCGCGAUUUCCAGAUCGCCCAGCCCGUGCGUCGACUUGCAGACCACGGCGUCCGAGGACGAUCUAAUCGCGGCCAGCGCCCUCCGGGACUCGGGCAUCUACGACGAGGCUAGCCCCGGCGUCGGCAUCGCCGGGCCGUCGCGGCGCAUUCUCUCCUCGUCGUCCAGAACGGUGGGAGUGCCCGUCGACCCGGAGGACUCCAUCCGCGACAUCGUCACCGACAACGAUCUCUACAGGUAUGUCCUGUUCAAGCGGCAUUACGACAAGUACGUGGACCUCGCGGAAAAAUACAAAGAGGCGAAGAGUGUCGCUUACUACCUGGAGGAGCGCUAUCAUGAGAUCAAGGUCAAACGUAAAAGAAUUAAGAAGCUCCAUAUAUCAGAUGUCGAACGAGAUAGGUUGGAGGAAGCUCGAAGGCGUUUGGAAAGACGGCUGGAAGGUUGCGAGACGGAGCUUCGUGGCAAGGAGGACGAGCUCUUCUUGCAGCUGGAGAGGAGUUUGCGGCUGGAAGAAGAGAUCGAACGGGCCAAGGCCGAGAGGGACAGCUAUAUGGAGGCGCAACACCGACUGGAACAACAACGGGAAUCGGCUUUUCGUCGUUUGCGCAUGCAGCUCGAGCAGAACGACGUCACGAGACGGGAUCUCGAGAGAGCGCGCCAAGAUGUUAUUCGCCAAGCUACUAUUAUCCGUAUGGAGAGAGACACCUUGGAAAGAGAGAAUGAGAUGUUGCGGCAGAGAUUGAGGGUGGAACAGGACGAAUUAGGAGCGGAGCGACGUCGCCGGGAAGAAGGCGUCGCGGCAUUAACGAGAGAGACUAUCGCAUUGAAACAUGCGACACGUCACUUGAGUGCCGCGACGUUUCAUGCAACGUCCUGCCGGAAUCGUCGUCGAUGUUCCAUCUGCAUAUACGCUAGACGCACCUUUGCCAACAUUGAUAAUUAUCGUGACAAUGGGAAUCUCUUGCAGUGCCUUCAAACGCCCUUACAAGAUCUUCGUAAUUGGUUACGACCUAGCGUGUCGGCCUGUUCCUCUCGAAUUCCGCAAAUCGAGUCAUCCAUUGCCGAUCGGGAAAUUUCUUACAUCGACGACUCUAGUGUUGACAGUAGCAGUAACGGCAGUACUAACAGUCGCAGCUGCAGUAGCAGUACUAGCAGUAGCAACAGCGCUUACGACGAUGAUCCAUAUCCAAGCAUACCGAUAGCCGAGCCUUCUCUUUCGUCGGCCACUUCUGGCAGCGUCCCGCAUACAGCCAGAGCCUUUUCCUCGGAUUCAGGGUUUUCCUCAGAGAUAGGAGAUCGUAGAUCGCGAUGUUUCGACAAUGUUGGCAGCAGUACUAGCAGUAGCAGUGGCAAGAGCAGAAAUAUCAGCGAGUCGUUAGACAGCAACGAAAUCGACGAUCAGGGUGCGAGUGGAAGAGACGGGCUUAUCCGCUCGAGAUGGACUUCCUCCUUCCGUAGACUACUCGGGCGGAAAUCGAAGAGUAAGCUCGACCGUUCCUCAGGAACAAGCAAGACUGAUGAACCACAAUGAAUUAUUUGUACUGAAAGAAAGACUCAACGUACAUAUACAUUUAACCCGUCCUCCUUUCUCUUUCAAAACAAUCUGCUAAAAAGCACUCUGCUAAAAAAUUCAGUUCUUAAUUCGAAAUGAAGCAAAGUCUUUGUGAACUUAUUGAAUUCUUUUUAUAGGAAGGUGUUGAAACUGCCGAAGCUUGCAUUUUUUUAAAAUAAGAGACGCAGGUGAAUUUAUACAUAUAUGAAUUCAGGGAUCUCCAGGGAAUUAUUUAAGAGAUUAAACCAUGAGUAAUACAUGUUUUCUUGAAAUUAUUUGUCUCCAGAGAUAUAGUCGGGAUUUAAUUCUCUUGAGAAGAUUAUGAACUAUGUUAAAAAUAAUUCAGAAAACAAUGCAGGUAUCUUGUAAAAUAUUAGAAAUAAUGUACAAUUACUAAAGUUUUUUCAUUUGUUCCUUUACUCGAUAAUGUUUCACGUCAGGAAUUUUUUAGUAAAAAAUAAUGUAUUCCAAGAUCCAUAAAUUCCAAGUGUAGAUUUUUAUCUAUGAUGUAGGAAUUGAAUAUUUAAUAAGUUAAAGAGAAUUAUAUAUAAAUACAUAUAUGUAAAGGAGUUAAAUUAUUAGAAAUCAAAGUUUACAAAUAUUUAUUAGAAAAGUGUAUAGAUGGGUUUUAAAGGCUUUGAAUUUUUUAAUGUAAGAGUUUUUUAUAUUUUAAAACAUAUAAUAAUUUUAAAAAAUUCAGUUCGAAUUGAGCUAUAAUAUAAUAGAGAGAUGUUACUGUUUGCAUUCCGAAAGUUUCUUCUGUUGUUACGUUUUAUUGUUGUCACGGCGAGUGUUGUAUUUGCCAAAGAACACAAUGGCUUAAUAAGCAUUAUCGAUUAAUCGCCAUUUAAUUAACAAAUUUUAAUUAGUGACAUUUUUUUUGUUCUUUACCAAUAUUAUAUUGUUUGCGAUGAAAGAAGAACCAGUCCUUUAAAUACGUGUGGUGAAAAUGGUCGGACCAAACUGCUGAUAUGUCACAAUCCUGUUACGAUAUUGUUGUGAAAUGUAGAAAAUUUCAGUAUGAAUAUUACACAAAUAAAAGUAUAGUAUACGAUGAAA